CUGGGUGAGAACUGGGAGGAACUCGACCUACUCCGCUAACCCAGUGGCCUGAGCCAAUCAAAAGGGGAUUGGAACCUCACUUGAGCCUCCCUUCCCAUCCCUCCCCCUGCAACAGCCUCCGGAAAGGACUCGGGAGGGUGUGUUUGCAAUUUAAAUCCUUGGCUUUCCGCCCACUUCUUUUCCAAAUAAGAAGGCAGGAGCUGCUAUGAGGUGCAAAGGGGUCUUCUGAAGUGCAGUGGCAAUAGGAUCCGAAGGUCAUCGCUCCUGUCUAUUUUAUUUGUUUUGGAAGCUAACGGGAAAGGGCAAGGAUGGUGGAAGCUUUCUGUGCUACCUGGAAGCUGACGGACAGUCAGAACUUUGAUGAGUACAUGAAGUCUCUAGGUGUGGGUUUUGCCACUAGACAGGUGGGAAAUGUGACUAAACCAACAGUGAUCAUCAGUCAGGAGGGGGACAAAGUGGUGAUCAGGACUCAAAGCACAUUCAAGAACACAGAGAUUAGCUUCCACCUGGGAGAAGAGUUUGAUGAAACUACUGCAGAUGACAGAAACUGUAAGUCUGUUGUCAGCCUAGAUGGAGACAAACUCAUUCAUGUACAGAAAUGGGAUGGCAAAGAAACAAAUUUUGUAAGAGAAAUUAAGGAUGGCAAAAUGGUUAUGACUCUUACUUUUGGUGACGUGGUUGCUGUUCGCCACUAUGAGAAAGCAUAGGAAGGUUCCUGAUCUGGAGCUGGAGAAGCUUUACAAUGUUUCUGUUUUCUCAAGUCUCAGUGCUAUCCUGCUAUUACAGCAUGGCUGAUUGCUAUUUAGAAGGUUAUCCUUGGUGUGGAAGUGGAAAAUGGUUACUUUUGUUACUUUAAGCAACUAGCCCAAGUUUGAUCUGCAAACUUAUCAUGUUUUAUAGUUUGCAUAAAAAUUUUAAGCUGCAUUUUUUUUUAAAUUAAGAAGUGAAUACAUUUUAUAAUUUCCAUUGGACUGUAAAUCAAAUUGAAAUAAAAAUCUUAUA